UGAGGACCCGUCAGAAAUCCAAAAUGGCGGCGGCCAUACGCGCGUGUUAUGCCCUCCGCAUCACCGUUGGAGGUACAUCUUCCUUCCGCGCCGUAGGUGGCGCCAUCCAUGGAUGCCAGCUGCUCAGUCGAGCGAACCCCGCACUACCUUGUGUGCCCGUCGGGUGUUGGCAGCCAAGCAGACACGGCAGCUUCUUCAACAAGCUGACGGCCGAAGAGCUUUGGAAAGGCGUGCUGGCCGAGUCUGGAGCUGGCGCCAGGAAGGGCAGAGGAAAGAGAACCAAACGCAAGCUGAGGCGCGAUCUGAACCGAGGCCAAACCAUCGGAGAAGGUCACGGAGGCUUCCUGUGGCCUGGUCUCAACACGCCCGUGUUAAAAGACGGCACCGUGCAGAGUAUGAGCCGGAGAGGUCAGGCAGAGCAGCAGGAAUUGAAAGCUGAACUCGUGCGUCAACGUGAUGAGUGGGAGAAGAGGAGGAAGAUGAAGGUGAAGCGGGAGCGAGGCUGGACGGGGAAUUCCUGGGGGGGCAUCAGUCUGGGCCCCCCUGAUCCAGGACCUAAUGGAGAGACCUAUGAAGACUUCGAUUCUCGUGUCAUUGAGGUGAAAAGCGUGUUCAACAUGACAGCAAAGGAAGGCAGGAAGAGGUCCAUUAGCUGUUUGGUUGCCGUGGGCAACGGCCAAGGCGCAGCAGGUUUUGCCUUGGGGAAGGCAGCAGACAGACCCACAGCUCUGAGGAAGGCAAAGAAUCGAGCCAUCCACUACUUGUACUACAUCGAACGAUACAACAACCACACCAUUUAUCACGACAUUGAAUCCAAGUUCAAGAGGACGACGCUUCGUAUGAAGAAACGAAACGAAGGUUACGGCCUUCACUGUCACCGCGCCAUCAUCACCAUGUGCAAGCUGAUUGGCUUGAAAGACAUGUAUUGUAAAGUGGAAGGAUCGGUCAACAUGCUCAACAUCACCAGAGCGCUCUUCGCUGGCCUGGCCAAGCAGGAAACCCACCAGAUGCUAGCGGAGAAGAAACAGCUCCACGUAGUGGAGUUCCGGCAGGAGCGCGGCUUGUUGCCCGUGGUGGUGGCGUCCCCCAAGAACGGGGCUCAGGCCCAAUCGGAGCCGGAGGACGAAAUUCCAGACACGCGUCUGCACUGGGACGACGUGCGUGCCUCCCAGGGAUUCAAACGCUCCAUCUGGGCUGGUGUCAAACGCACCAUCUGGUAGAACUGCAAUUCAUGUGAGAAGCUUUGUUUUAUUUUGGUGAUUAUUUUCUAAUUAUGUGGGUUUUUUGUUGUAUAAUAUUACAAGCCGACAUUCUUCUGUGAUGCAUUGAAAUAAAGUGCAACUUGAAAAUGAA